GUUUUAUACUAACCCAAAUACCAAAAACAUUGCUUUAUUUCUUUGUAGGCUCUUGUUUUGUAGGUACCAAGCCAAGACAUACAAUAAACAAGGCAUUUUUCAUGUUUUGGACUGAUGAAAUCGAUUUCCCUACUGGGUAAAUCGAUUUCCCUGCAGCAAUCUUCAACAAAAUCACAUUCUGGACAGCAUGAAAUCGAUUUCCCUCCUGGGUAAAUCGAUUUCCCUAGUGUAUUUUGCGCCAAAUUCUCUUCUGGAACAGAGUGAAAUCGAUUUCACUCCUGGGGAAAUCGAUUUCCUUAAGGCAAAAUUCAAAAAUAUAAGGAGGGAAGCUUGACAUCAUUUUGGCACCUUUUUCUUUGAUUAUUUUUGAUCAUUUUACCAAUUUUCCACCUCAUCAAAAUUAAUCCCUUCAUUAAACCCACUUAAACCCCAUUUUACCACUUUUUACCAUUUAAUUGCCACUUUAAUCACCAAUUAAACACAAGCUAAUUUCCAAAUGCAAAAAGACCAAACUACCACUACUCUUGCUCUCAUCCUAUAAAUAGAGCCCACUACUCUCUCAUUUCUCAAGCUUUUGAGAGCCAAAAAACCCCUUGCAAUUUCUCUCCUCAUCCCUACCAAAUUCACCAAAGCUCUUUGUUCUUUCAUAAAGUUUGUGAGUCACAUCUUGAACCUCACAAACUUUGAGCUAAACCACCAUCUAUUUCACUCUUUUUUCUUCAAUUGUUGAGAGAUCAAGAUUUGUGUUGGUGAUUCUUGAAGUAGAUCUAAGUUUUGUUCAAGAUUUGAGUUUGUCUACCGUCAAGCUGAUUCCUCCACACAAGUACGGAACUAGAGCCAACGUCAGAUUGAGAAUGGAAUACCAAGAGCAACACAAUGCAGAGGUCAGAAUGGAAAUUGAUGAGUUGAAGUCAGGCAUGACCAAGCUAACUGAAAUGCUGCAAGUUUUGAUUGCUAGAGGAGAACCGCCUUAGAAAACUGUCAUUGUUGAAGUCUCAAGUGCUGAUGUUGACCCUCAACCUACUCAACAACCACCUUCUACAUGGCCAGAGUUUGGUUUGCCACAUGGUUACACUCCUCCAUAUGAGAAGACUCCUGGUAUUGGUCAAUCUUCACAACUUGUGAUUGGUCAAGCUUCAAACCAAGUUUUUCAUGCUCCUGUCUUCACUGAAUCUCAGCCUAUUGUGCACACUGUUGCUCAGCCUACUUAUGUGAAUCCUCUGUUUGAAUAUCAAGCUGCCCGUUCCCAGAAUGGAAGUCAAGGAGAUGCUGGAGACAUUGAAGAUGUCAAAGAGCAGUAUCAUACCUUAGAAAAACGCCUGAGAGCCAUGGAAGGAAAUGAUUACUUUGGGGUUGCUGCUGAGAAUAUGUGUUUGGUUUCCAACUUUGUCAUGCCUGCAAAAUUCAAGACUCCUGAGUUUGAGAAGUAUAAGGGGAACACUUGCCCAAGAAGCCAUUUGACCAUGUACUAUCGCAAAAUGGCUGCUUAUACCCAGAAUGAUAAAUUGCUUAUCCAUUGCUUUCAGGAUAGUUUGAGUGGAGCUUCACUGAAAUGGUAUAUGGGACUUGAGAGUAAUCACAUUCAUUGUUUCCAAGAUCUGACUGAUGCUUUCAUGAAGCAGUAUAAGUACAAUCUGGACAUGGCGCCUGAUCGCCGACAACUGCAAAACAUGGCUCAGAAGGAAAAAGAGUCUUUCAAAGAAUAUGCUCAACGUUGGAGAGAAUUGGCUUCCCAAGUUGAACCACCAUUGGCUGAGAAAGAAUUGACUGGAAUGUUCAUGGAUACUCUCUCCCCUUUCUACUGGGAGAAAAUGAUUGGAAGUGUGUCCUCAAACUUCACAGACUUGGUUACUAUUGGCCAGAGACUUGAAGAGGGAAUCAAGAAUGGGAAAGUUGCUAAUGUUGCUGAAUCCUCUGGUGGAUCGAAGAAACCUUAUGGAAACUUCCACAAGAAGAAAGAGAAUGAGACCAAUGCUGUGUCUGAUGAUAGAAGGGGAUCUCGUCGUAAACCUCAAAAUGGGGAUCAACCUUAUGUAGCCGCUGUCGCUCCUGUGCAAGUUCAAGUUCCUCAAUCUCAGGUUGCUAAUCAGAAUCAGAAUCGUGGUAGGACAACUUAUGAUCCUAUUCCCAUGACUUAUACAGAACUGUAUCCUGCUUUGGUCCAGAAAGGGUUGAUUACAACAAGAGCCAUGCCUCCUCCUCGAAACCCCCCCUCAAGAGGAUUUCGGCCUGAUCUUCAUUGUGAAUUUCAUCAGGGUGGUGCUGGCCAUGAUUUAGAAGGCUGCUAUGCUUUGAAGGCCUUAGUGCAAGAGUUGGUUAGAGCAAAGAUGCUAUCUUUCCGGGAUAUGGGUCCCAAUGUUGUCACUAAUCCUUUGCCAGAACAGAGUGGCUGAAGACAGAUCAAAGCCAGAUAUUCCUAAAGCCAAGUGUUUCAGACAAGAUAGCUCAUCUUUGUUGCUGAUUAGUCACUAGGCUUUGUUUCUGUACUGUUUGUUUUUCCUUUAUUGUACUGUUUACUUUUAGACUUUGUUUGUUUCUGAAUGGUGAUUUUAAUGAAAUGAGCAUUGCAUAUUUUGAAUUCAUUAACAUCCACUGUGUUUAUAUUUAUACCUUAUUUUACAAAACUUUUUCUUCCAUUUGCUUUCUCUAUCAAACUUGUGUUUUAUGCAAAGAUUGGAGGGAGGAUGAUGACAACGAAAUACCCAAGUUGUUGAACUGUAUGCUUUCGAAUAAAACUCUGCUGAUGAUGUACAGGCAUUGUUUCAAUUCCCAAACACUGGAGAAAUAAGGAAGUUAAUCCCUUGUCAACCCCUCUGAGCCUUCGAAGUUGGAGUUUCUUUCUGUAUGAAAAACCCGCAUUUUUAACCUGGGGCAGGGUAGUUCUCAGUUAAUUUGGCUGUGCAUUCUAUUUUAAGAGAAUCAUUCAGUACACCUUUCAACAAGUGCUUCAAUCGCAAGCGUUCCUCCGCACACAUCAAAGAAAUGUUGGAGAUGUCAAUCAAAAGCCAAUGAUGGUUCAUCAAUCAUUAAGCAAGGCGGUUGCUAUCUUUCAAAAAAAAAAAGUAUCAAAAAAUAGAAUCAAAGAAAAGCCUGCUAAGUCAAGACCAAAAAUGACUUAGGCAAAAACAAGGUCAUCCCGCUGACUGUAACUUCAAAAAUAAACAGUUCAGGCAAAAGUUAGGGAUAUCAAAAGAAAAAGAUGAAAGAAGAGAAGUCAAUAAAUUCCUAAACAACAAAAUGUUGUGACUACCAAAAGGAAGAAGUGACUGCCAUCUCAAAAGUUCUCUUUGCUUGUGAACUAUCAUCAUUAUCAAAGGUGCAAUUCCAGAAGUCUCUUGGAACCUGAAUGCAUAAGUUGAAUUAACUGAGUUGUAGGACUGGAGAUCAUCACGAAGGGGGUGGGAACAAUCAAAUUUUGAGCCUUAUAUCCUUUGUUUCUUAAACCGUGAACCUGGCCACGUUACAACCUUUAAAAGACCUAAUUGAGGCAAGGUUUGUUUGAAAGCAUACUACAACAAGGUUGCGUAAGCUGACUCCCAUGAGAUUUGCCAAUCAUUUGCUUUGAUAUCAUAUCUUUGUUUUAUCUUUCACAUUGAAUGUCUGAACCUUUAUGUUUUGACUAGUUGAUUCCAUUUUCUUUACAUCAAUAACAUCUUUCAAAAAAUGAUUUUGAUUUCAAAAAUAUUCUUUGAGCAUUGCAUUAAAAUUACCAUUCUUGAAUGAACAUUUUGUUUGCAAGUAAGCACUCAUUUUUCAGGAAGUUCAAACAGUCGAGAAACUUGAUCAGUGAUCCUAUCAGGGGCAUGUUAUUUCAAGAUCCUGUUGUUCAUUCAAGAUUUGUUGAUCAGAAUAUCAUUUCAAUACUUGUACUGGGGCAAGCCAUCCCAACAUGCAUUUCAAGAAUUGAAGCCAUGAUCAGUUAACUUGCAACAAUUAGUGAAUCAGGGGCAAUCUUCUUCAGCAAUCCCCAAGCAGUUUUAUCAGCCCUUCUCAAAGGAUCAUCGAUUUGAUACAGUUACCAGUGUAAUAGAAGUAUGUCCAAGCAUCUUCUUCGUAAGCAGAAUUGGCAGAGUUCCCGUGUUGAGGAAUCAGAGUUCCUAUCGUGCCUCACAAAAGAGUCUCCCUCAGUUGUCACAAACAAUUGCAUUGCAUUGAUCAUAUAUCAUGCAUAGAAAAAAUUCAACAUCAUGCAUUGAAACAAAUUUCAUACUCAUUUACAUUCUCCGAGGUCCUGUUGUUAUCAACAUUUUACCUUGAGAUCUAAGUCCAACUUACUUGGCACAUACCAAAGUAGAUGUUCGUCUGCCUGUUUCUAUUUCCGUCCAAUGCUACUCUUGGAUGUGUAAACUUUUCUCUCUGUCCAAUGCUACUCUUGGAUGUGUAAACUUUUCUCUCUGUCCAAUGCUACUCUUGGAUGUGUAAACUUUUCUCUCUGUCCAAUGCUACUCUUGGACAUGUUAUUUCUCACUUUUUAUCCAAAGCCACUAUUGGAUGUCACAAUCCCCAUUAAAAUGUUUCUCACCUCCUUCAAAGCUACUAUUGAAUGACGUUCAUGUCUUUGAGCUGGAAUAACAUUCUUUUUGUCCAAUGCCACUAUUGGAUGUUUAUUGAGUUUGUUUUCCAUCCAUUGCCACUCCUGAAUGGUUGCUCAAAUUUUCCGAAUUGGUUUCCAUUUUGUUCAAAGCUACUGUUGAACGCCUCUGAUGUAUUUCCGGGUUCAGGUUUCCAUUUUGCAUUCAAAGCCACUAUUGAAUCUCUUUGGUUUCCAUUUUUGUCUAAAGCUACUAUUGGAUUGUUCCCGAUGUUUUCCAGAGUUUGGAUUCCUUUUGUUCAAAGCUACUGUUGAACGUCUCUGUCGUAUCUUCGGGUUUGUAGGUCUCCUUUUGCAUUCAAAGCCACUAUUGAAUCUUGUUGGUCUCCUUCCAUCCAAAACAACUAUUGGAUGUCUCCGCUGUUUCCUCAGAGUUUGGGCCCUUUUUCAGAUUCAUUCAAUGCCACUCUUGAAUGUCUCUGAUGGUUGGUGUCGUCUAAUGCCACUUUUAGACGUUUCUACCCAAUAUGUUUGUGUUCCAGAGUUCAUUCAAUGCCACUUUUGAAUAUCUCUGUUGAUUUUCAUCGUCUAAUGCCACUCUUAGACGUUCUUACUACACUUCUAACUUGGGUUUUAUCCCUCCCUUUCUAAGUAUUGCUGGAUAUUUCUUGUCACCCUGACGGAUAACCAGUAGUAUCUUGUUUCCCUAGCCACUCCUUUCAUUCGAGUCUAUCGCUCAUUCCUUUUGUUCCCCCCAGUGGCAUUAUAUUCCCCCUCUAUUUUCAUAAGCAUACUUGAUGCAUCCAUUAGCAUCGCAUUAUACCUUAGGUUCAAAAAUUGUGUAUUUUAUAUUUAAGUCUCUUCAAUUACGUCGAGCUGAGGAUUUUAACCCUCACAUCUCCGGAAAGAAGAAACUUAAAUAGGGGCAUCUGUCAUACCCCAAUUUUUGACCCUAAGAUCAUACAUCAUUUGCAUUUCAAUCAUCAAUCAAGAUCACAACCUUGAGGUAUCAUUUUUCCUUUGAGGGGAACCAUCGAGCAUUUCUAGCUUUUUAUUUGUUUUAUACUAACCCAAAUACCAAAAACAUUGCUUUAUUUCUUUGUAGGCUCUUGUUUUGUAGGUACCAAGCCAAGACAUACAAUAAACAAGGCAUUUUUCAUGUUUUGGACUGAUGAAAUCGAUUUCCCUACUGGGUAAAUCGAUUUCCCUGCAGCAAUCUUCAACAAAAUCACAUUCUGGACAGCAUGAAAUCGAUUUCCCUCCUGGGUAAAUCGAUUUCCCUAGUGUAUUUUGCGCCAAAUUCUCUUCUGGAACAGAGUGAAAUCGAUUUCACUCCUGGGGAAAUCGAUUUCCUUAAGGCAAAAUUCAAAAAUAUAAGGAGGGAAGCUUGACAUCAUUUUGGCACCUUUUUCUUUGAUUAUUUUUGAUCAUUUUACCAAUUUUCCACCUCAUCAAAAUUAAUCCCUUCAUUAAACCCACUUAAACCCCAUUUUACCACUUUUUACCAUUUAAUUGCCACUUUAAUCACCAAUUAAACACAAGCUAAUUUCCAAAUGCAAAAAGACCAAACUACCACUACUCUUGCUCUCAUCCUAUAAAUAGAGCCCACUACUCUCUCAUUUCUCAAGCUUUUGAGAGCCAAAAAACCCCUUGCAAUUUCUCUCCUCAUCCCUACCAAAUUCACCAAAGCUCUUUGUUCUUUCAUAAAGUUUGUGAGUCACAUCUUGAACCUCACAAACUUUGAGCUAAACCACCAUCUAUUUCACUCUUUUUUCUUCAAUUGUUGAGAGAUCAAGAUUUGUGUUGGUGAUUCUUGAAGUAGAUCUAAGUUUUGUUCAAGAUUUGGUAAUUUUCUUCAUCCUUUUUGUAUAUCAUGAUGUAGAUCUUUGUUGCUUGUGUGUGAUGCAUCUUUGAUGCUAUAUUGGUGCUAUUUGAUGGUGAUUUGAUGGAAAAUUCGUGCUCCAAUUGAUAUGUGAUCAUAAGGUGUUUGUAUGUUUGCUUAAGUCAAGUUUUAUGCCUUUAAAUGUUGUUUUUGCUGAAAUUUGCACUGGUCAAAUCGAUUUCCUUAAGGCUCAAAUCGAUUUCAUGCUGUACGUAACUUGUUUUUUUUGAAAACUGCCUUAUGGAAAUCGAUUUCCCUCUGCAUGAAAUCGAUUUCCUGCUGGCAGAAUGUGUUUUUUUGCCUUUUUUAUGCUUGUUUUGGUUUCCUACUUCCUCCACUUCAUUAAUAUCAUUGGAUCUAGGAUGUUGAUAGGUUUGAAAUGACCUAAUCCAUAAUAUUAGAUGAAUGAUAUUAAUGAUAGUGUGAGUUGAUUAUCUUUUGUGUUUUCAUUCUUAUUUUC